AUGGCCCUCCUUCUCAGACACGGCGAGGAAGACAUGAAUACCAAAUUCAAUGAAUCAAUAGUCUUAGCGGCUGCUACUUUUGGUCAGCUUGGUAUUUUGGAUCUGAUAAGCAGAUAUAAUGGGCCGUCUCUACGGAAAGAUGAGUGGUGUACUAUCGCACGGCUUUAUAAUGCCGCGAAGUCUGGAGAUGUCAAAAUCCUGCAGCGACUGUUACUCUGUGGGUCGAGCCCUAACUUCGCAAAGACUAGAGCCGAGACACUAUUAUGGGUUGCUGCCGCUCGAGGGCAUCGUAGGAUUGUAGAGGUUCUGACACAAAGAGAUGAUGUCUGA